AUGUUCCGUCCUUCCAACUACCACUUCGAGGAGAUCAAUCCUUCGGUGCCUCGUCGUGUUGAUGUCCCGACCUGGCGGGGAGGCUAUGGUGCGGGGGCUCGUCGGGGUCCUGGCCAGGGGCACUACCACUCGCCCAGUUCGACCAGCGGCCAUGGAUACCUGGUGAUGGAAUCGCCGAUGCCAGAGCGUCAUAUGGGCGGGGAGUCAAGCGUGGACACGACGUGUUUCUAUGCCUACUGCUUGGAUCGUGGAAAUGGCAACUACACGCGGCUCAUUCCAGCCGACUUGCUUCCGCCCCUGGUGGGAAUCCCGGCUGUUCAGGACGGUACUGACGGCAUGCUUGUUCUUCCGCCGCCUCGAGGGUCGGACCCUCAGAAUCUGGCUGGUAAUCCUGUUCAGCCGGUUGCUUUCAAGAGAAGAAUUGAUCAUAUCGUAGCUUCCUCUCCCACGCCGCCAAGGAAGCCAAAGAUCUACUGCGACAAGUGGGUUCACGAGGGCGUCUGUGCCUUCACGCAGCAGGGUUGUAAGUACAAGCAUGAGAUGCCACUCGACAAGGCAACGCAAAAUUCCCUGGGUCUGUUCCACGGACUGCCGGCAUGGUGGAAGAAGCAGCAGGCCGAGCUGCAGCGACAGCAGUCACAGGCACUUCCCGAGCAGAACAACGGUUCUGAAGCAUACUUUGAUGCUCGUCAACAACAUCAAAGCGGACAUGUUUCACCCAUCAAAAGUGAAAAGGGCCACAAUGGCUUAUCAAGAGCGUCACAGUCUUGGCGGAGGGCCGAGGGAGUGAAGCUUGGCCUUCAAGGACAAAUGAGCUCAGUGCCAUCCCCAAGACAGACUGGAGGAUACAGGACUCCUGCUGGUACUCGUCUCGAGCCCUUUCAUCUUGUAACCUAUAAGCUAACGUUAGAAGCAGGACUGCGGUCUGCGUACCACCACAACAUCAAUUCACCUACUUCCUCUUGUGUCUGGGGCCCGAUUGGUCCGCCUUCGAAGCAGACAUCCGAUCAGAGCCAGAUAUGCCAUCAGGACCUGGGCAACUUCACCACAUCGAACGACUUUGCGCGUUUGAGCUCUCUCGAGACGAACAUGGGUGAGAAGGAUAACAACAUCAAAUACGAGUCAUACUAG